UCAUAAAUAGACUCAAUACUUUCUAAUGGAAGUGGAGGCUGCAGAACACAGCAAAUUUGAAGUGAACUUCACUGGAAAAAGUAUCAUCAGAGCUAUAAAUCCCUUGCCGGGGCCUCAUGUCCUUUCUCUCUCAAACCUUGACCUCCUUUCCGGCCGUUUUCCUGUAACAUACUUCUACUUCUACUGCACUCCCCUUGUCAGCAACUUCACACCUAAUAUUGUUGACAUUCUCAAGAGCUCCCUUGCUGAAACUCUCAAUCACUAUUAUCCCUUUGCAGGCAAAAUCGUUCAAAACCCAAAUACUAGUGAGCCUGAAAUUGUGUGCGACAACAGUGGUGCUCUAGUUGUAGAAGCCCAAGCAAAUAUCCCUUUGAAAGAAUUGAACUUCUACAACCUCAAUCAAUCUUUGCAAGGGAAGCUUGUUUCUCUCAUCCCCAACAUUCCCCUGCAAGUCCAAGUAACAAAAUAUACUUGUGGAGGCAUUUCAAUAACCUUCACCUUCGACCAUGCGCUAGGUGAUGCGAGUGCCUUCGGCAAGUUUCUUGUCUCCUGGUCUGAAAUUGCUCGAAGGAAGCCAAUAUCAUGUAUACCGGAUCACCGGAGAAAUCUUUGUGCACGCAUCCCACCUACAUAUCAUCCUUCCUUGGACCAAACUUUUGUGAAGUGCACCAUAGAUGAGAUAAUAAACAUGCCAACAACAAGAAUCCUGCUUAAGCGCCUUUAUCAUAUCGAUGCAUUGAGCAUCGACAGGCUGCAAACACUAGCAUGUGUUGAUGGGAAUAAGAGAACAAAAAUUGAGGCUUUCUCUGCAUAUGUUUGGAAGGUUAUGGCUAAUGCCAUUGAUCAAAGCCAUUCAAAAUGCAAGAUGGGGUGGUUAGUCGACGGACGUGCUAGAAUGUGCAAAGGAGGAAAUGAGAAUUCCAUGUCAAAUUACAUAGGCAAUGUCUUGUCUGUGGCCUUUGCAGAGGCAAGUGUCAUAGGAUUGAAGACAGGUUCUAUCUCUGAUAUUGCCAAUGAUGUUCAUGAUGCAAUUUCAAAGGUAACAAAUCAGGAUCAUUUUCUGGAUUUGAUCGACUGGAUAGAGUGCCACCGGCCCGGGUUAAUGCUAUCAAGAAUUGUAUUAGGCAGAGGAGGACCAGCCCUUGUCUUGUCUUCAGGAAGAAGGUUCCCAGUUACUGAAGUUGAUUUUGGAUUUGGUAGUCCUGUUCUGGGGACAGUCUGCUCCACCAUUGAAAGAAUUGGAGUUGCUUACCUGAAUCAAAGGCCAAGCGGUAGGGGUGACGGCUCAUGGACAGUUUCCGCUAUCUUAUGGCCGGAAUUGGCUGCCGCAUUGGAGUCAGAUUCAAUUUUCCAGCCCAUGUCUGCAGCUCAUCUUCAACUUUAGUGGUACAAAACUAGUCAACACUUGAAGAAAGAAGCUCAUGAUCUGUCCCUGAGCUGAGUGAGUGUUGCAGACGUUGUUGAUGUUGUCUGCAUGAGUGCUAACACCCUCUGCAAACUG